UGCUAGGAUUUUAAACCAGCGGUAAAGCAAGACAGAGCCUCACCUGACCAUGAAACGUUGUUGUUCUAUCAUUUUUAUUAAGAAAGCUGAAGGAACCAAACGUUCGUAUUGUUCUCAGGCUGAUGGUCGAUGGUCAGGAGAGCUGACACAGAACCACCAGACGAUACAGAAUUAUUAGCCGUGUACCUUUAAAAUGGAAAUGACAAAACGGGCUUUCAGUUGGUUUGUGGCGAUGGGGCAGUAUAGCGCCAGACAUCGUACAGUCCGCCGGAAAGAGAAGAAGAAGAAGCAGCAGCAACGACAACUGCAGUCGACGGCGACGACGAAGAAGAAGCAGCAACAGCAACGACAACUGCAGUCGACGACGAAGAAGAAGCAGCAGCAGACGAAGAAGAAGAAGAAGCAACGGCUGGAGUUGACGAGAUCAACAUAGUUCACAGCUGUGUUUAUGUGAAACUUGAACUCUGGCAGGAUGGAGGCAGAGAAGCGCAGUGUUUGUGCGACAGAAACACAGAUCUGAGUUCAUGCUUGGUAGAAAACAGACUUUGGGCUCCAGCAGUGAGGGUGUGCGGGUCAAAGCCCAGGGCAGUCCCAAUGGGUCCAAGGAGGAAAUCUUCAAAGGUCCAGUUAUUGGGCAGCAACACUGGUGGGACAGUGUCAUCAAGUCCCAGCGAGUCGAAGGACUACAUCAACGAGCUGUCCCAUGAAGUCCUGUGUCAUGUCUUCAGGUACCUCCCCAUGAAGGACAUCAUGUGUAUGGAGAGUCUGUCCAGGAAGCUCCGGGAAGCUGUGACCCUGUACCUGCGAGUGGUCAAAGUGGUGGACCUGUGUGCUGGUCGUUGGUGGGAGUACAUGCCCUCAGGCUUCACAGACAGCAGUUUCCUUCUCCUUCUAAAGAAGAUGCCAGACCUGGAGCAGCUUUACGGCCUCCACCCUCGAUAUCUGGAGAGGAGGAGAGUCCGAGGCUACGAGGCCUUCAGUAUACCAGGAGUGCUGGAGGCUCUGCAGGCCUGUCCCAAUCUACUGGGUGUGGAGACCUCUCAUCUGGAGUUGGUGGAGGCCAUAUGGAACUACAUGCCCCAGGUUCACAUAUUAGGAAAGUUUCGCAACCGUAACGGUGCGUUUCCCAUUCCUGCAGAAAACAAACUGAGCAUUCCCAUAACUGCAAAGAUCCAGACUCUACAUCUUGUGGGAGUCAAUGUCCCAGAGAUUCCCUGUAUAUCCAUGCUGCGGCACCUGUACGUGAAGUGGGUCCGGUUCACCAAACCACAACCCUUUAAGGAUUUCCUGUGUGUGAGCUUGAGAACCUUUGUCAUGAGGAACUGUGCAGGACCAACCAACUCCCUCAAAUAUGUUCCCCUGGUCACAGGUUUAGCAUCAGCGCGAAACCUGGAGCAGCUAGAGCUGGUGAGAGUUCCCUUCCUGGGAGGACUGAUCCAACAUGUGGUGGAGGACAGUUGGAGAUCAGGAGGGUUUAGAAACCUGCACACCAUCGUCUUUGGAGCCUGUAAGAACGCUCUGGAGGUGGACCUGGGCUACCUCAUCAUCACUGCCGCCCGCAGGCUACAUGAGCUGCGUAUUCAGCCCUCGCUGACCAAAGAUGGAGUUUUCUCAGCUCUCAAAAUGGCCGAGCUGGAGUUCCCACAGUUUGAAACUCUUCAUCUGGGAUUUGUUGAUGAAUUUCUGCUCCAGUGUAAGAUGAGUCACUCGGAGCUGGUGAAGUACGGUCUGGCCGAUGUGAUUGAGAACCCAGGCAUCAUCACAGAUAUUGGCAUAAAGGUGGUGAACGAGGUGUUUACCAAUGUCAAAUACCUGCUCAUCUACAACUGCCCCCACCUCCACAACCCCCACCACUGGAUUACAGAUCAUUCUAGAUGGAGUCGCCUGGUGGACCUCACCCUCGUACGCUGUCACGCUAUAAAACUGGAGUCUUUCUCUCAGUUCAUUGAGCUGCUGCCAAGUCUGGAGUUCAUCUGUCUGGACCAGAUGUUUAGAGAACCACCCAAGGGCUGUGCCAGGGUGGGUCUGAGUGCAGGGACUGGGAUUGGAGUGUCCUCAGCCCUGGUCAGCAACCAGAACUCCAACAAUGAGAAUGAGAACAACAACAACAACCACCACAACAACAACGAGGCCAACCUCCCCCCUGCUCCUCCAGCUGUCAACAACAACCAAAGGCAGCAGCAGAAUGCACCAGUUGAGGUUAAUGGAAUGGUAGAAGAGGCAGAAGAUGAGGAGGAGGUGAUCCUGGAGGAGAACAACAUGGAGGCUGAACCUCAGCUUGGCCUGAAAGGAGGCAACAGAGAGGAGAGUGUGGAAGGAGCCAACGCAGCUUCAGGAAGUGGUCAGGCAGCUGAAACCUCUCCGUUUCCUGAUGAGGAACAAGCAGGUCCCAGUGGUUUAGUCCAGCAGUGCAGACCGUCCACUGCUGAUGUCCCCAAGGCUGCAGUGGUCAUAUCAGACUCAGACAGUGAAGAGGACGACGGCCUCGUUUCAAGGCUGAUACCGGCAGCUUCCCCUUUACAGCAGCCAGCUUCCUGUACAGAAGGUAAAGGAAAGACUCCUCUGCGGCGGAGCAACAGUGCAGUUGCGUCCGGGUCAGAGGGCAGGACCAAGGCCCGACCGUCCAUCAGCAGCUGUGAGAAGAGCUGCCAGGUGACGAGUGAACAGAUCAAGGCAGACAUGAAGGCUGCUGCAGAGAAUAGCAGGAGGAGCAGCAGCAAAGGAGUGAGCACAGAGGCUCAGGAGCCGGCUCACAGGAGCGACUGUGGGACACCGCCCACCUCCGUCAUCCCUGGAACAGCCACCAGGAGCAGAGUCAGGCCUACAGCUCCCUCUGUGGUUGAGGCUGGAGCUGCAGUGGGAGGCGGAGCAACAUCCACCAGGCCACUGGGUGGAUGUGGGAGAAUGAUCCAAGCGUCGAGCCACAGAACAACAACAACAACGACAACAACAACAACCAAUGAUAGGACUUCAGGUGGAGGAGGCACUAAUGAUAAAACAGUGGCUCCCUCUAGAGCAGGGGCAGGAGACGGCAGCCCGUCCAUCAGAGGGACUGCAGGAACCCCUGCUGGUCAGGUCAGAGAGCAGGACUUCGUCCCAAGAAGACCUUUGACCCGCUCUCGCACUCGUAUGUCUUCUGUGUCCCUGGUACCUGAGACGGAUCUUCCAAGAGCCAGGCCUCGAGUUGCAGUGAGGAGAAAACGAAUGGCUGACAAAUCAACCAGUACGUCCGACCCAGUCACUGAGGAUGACCAUGUACAGGUUUUGUCUCUGAAGAGUAAGAACUUGGUCGGCAUCACUGUCACAAACUGUGGAAUCACUGACCUGGUCCUCAAAGACUGUCCCAAGAUGAUGUUCAUCCAUGCCACCAGGUGCCGAGUGUUGAAGCAGCUCAGAGUAGAGAACGCACCCAUAGUCAACAGAUUUGACUAUGCUCAGUGUAAGAAGCUGGACAUGGAACAGGUUCUGGAUCAGAUUUUAAGAAUGCCUCCAGAGAGAAACCGCAUCAUCUACAUGCGCCCAAUGCAUCAGAUUGACACUGUAGCGUUGGAGCGUCAGCUCUUCCAGGGUCCGUAUCCGUACCACAUCGCCAUCGUGCACGAGUUCAGUAACCCGCCGAACAUUCGAAACAAGGUUCGCAUCCGCAGCUGGAUGGACACAAUCGCCAACAUCAGUCAAGAGUUGAUCAAGUAUGAGUUCUUCCCAGAGGCUACAAGGACAGAAGAGGACAUCAAGAAAUAUCCCAGAUAUCCCUGGGGCAGGGACAUCUAUACACUGGAGGGGACUGUGGACGGCGCCCCCUAUAGCAUGAUAACAGAUUUUCCCUGGCUGAGGACCCUGAGGUCAGCUGCUCCAAAUUGCUACGCCCGUUAUGACUUUGAGGACGAUGAAAGCUCCACCAUCUACGCCCCGCGGCGUAAAGGACAGCUUUCAGCUGACAUCUGCAUGGAGACCAUAGGAGAGGAGAUCUCUGAGCGCCGUCAGAGCAAAAGAGGAGUGUUCCAGAGGGUGGUGGUCCUUUUCCUCCACCACUGUGAUACUCCAGGAGAACCCGUGGACGACGACUACAUCUAGAAGGUGGAGUUGUUGUGAUGUCACAGAGGUUCCUGCAGCGGCAUUGGUCUGAAGGACACAGAUGUAAGUUAGUGCUGCGUUCUUUCACACUGCUGUGAAGUCCGAGUAUAUCGGCUUCACGGACAGCAACAGUGAAAGGGCAGUAGGGGGCGCUGUAUCAGCUGAGAUAUGGCUGCAAGCGCAUGUUAAAAGCACUUUAAAAACACACACACACACACACACACACACACACACACACUCCUCCAAAGAAUGCACACGGUUGUGGUUUCCAGGCAGGCACCGUUCAUCAAUCAUCCUGCGUCUGCUGAGUGUCUCGGCCAAUCAGCAGAGCUUAGACCUCUGGACCAGGUCGUUGGGUUUAGUCACCAUCCUGUCUGUGGUGUUGACCUGGACUUCCUUUGUCACAGACUGUCUACCUCACUGCUACAAUCAUGUCCAAAUCUUUUUUGAUGUUUUUGGAGUGGACUUUAUUUUGUGGUUGGUACUGGUUGGUGGUUCUAGACACUGAUGUGGCAGCAGAAGGAGAACCAUUGUAGUGGAUGGACUUUACUCUGACCACUGGGGAAGAGGAGGAGGAGGAGGAGGUUCUCCAACACCACAACUGUAGAGGUCAGCCACUAAAUCAGAGUGAAAACCCACCAGAACCUCCAGAACCUUCACCUGUUCUAAUGUUGAGCAUCAACCUAAAGCACAGCUGCUUCAGUUGGACCCGUGUCUGUGUGUGUCAACGACACGGGCCCAGCUCAGCUGUGAACCUGUGGUGGAAUCGUUCACAGCCUUUUUUCUUUUUCUUUUUUUUUUAAUCUUCUUGUGAUGUUCUGGAGAAAGUCAGGAAGAUAAAACAUUUCCAGGAGCUUCGUCCAUGAUUUUUCAGCAGUGCCUUUGAGCUUCAGUGUGGCUGUGACUCACCCAGAUAUCAAAACAUUGUUGAAAUGCAAACAGAAAAGGAACGUCUUGGCAAAAGAGUACAUCCUGUGUCCCCUCCACUGAACCACCGCGCUCCACCGUGGUCUUUAUAUGUUUAUAAAAAAGAGCAGAGAGACUAUUUCACAAAUAAAACAUUGGAACUCUC